UGUUUUUUUGUGUGCUAAAACUGAAUCAAAUAUCGGAUGACUUGGCUUUGGAUUCUCCUCUGAGCGUUCGCUUCUCUAUUACCUCCUUCAGUUUUUCCUGCUAGUAUAUGGUCUGUGAAAAUGUUCCAUUUUAUACAACGUGGUUUCCAAAUUCCUUCCAAGAUAAUUCACCUUCAAAGGUUUCUGCAGCCUAGGAAUAACUCUUGCCAUUUUCUUCUUGAAUACCGUCAGAGCUUCCUGUCAAAAUUACCGUUAUCUAAAAAGCCAGCUUUGUGCACAACUAAGAUCCAAGGAUUCCAUUCCUCUGCUUGCAGCUGGAACAAAAAAAGGCCUUCAGAACCUACAUCUGAUAAUCAGGAUAUUCGACUAGUUGACUUGGCAUCACUUAAGGACUCUCCCAAACCUGCCAUUUACGUAGCAGCUUCAAUAUUAUUUCCAUUUGUUUCAGUGCCAUUAGUGAUGGCUAUCCAGCAAGCCUCCUACCCUGAGUUGGCAUUUGCUCAAAUUGCAUAUGCUGCCUCUAUAUUGUCUUUCCUAGGAGGGGUCAGGUGGGGAUUUAGUCUUCCAGAAGGAAGUCCUGCAAAACCUGACUGGCGUAAUUUGGGUAACAGUAUAGUUCCUUCUAUAAUAGCCUGGAUUACCUUGCUUUGUAAAGAUCUCACUACAGCUGGAAUCAUGGUUAUCAUAGGUUUAAUGAUAGCCCUUAAUAAUGACUUGGUUCUUCUUCCCACCUAUCCCAACUGGUUUAAAGCCUUGCUAUUAAUUUUAACUCUAGUGGCCGCAUUUACUAUAUUUGUCACAUUAAUUUAUGUGAAUUUCUAUCCUGAAAGAUAUCUAAGUUUUAAAUUUGGGGAAACAGACGAUUCUAAGUAAACACACACAAAAGGCAGAGCCUUGUGGGAGAAACAGAAUACAGAAUGGAAACAAUAUUCACAAUGCAUGAAAUGAAUUUGGAAAAUUAUUGGAACAGAAAAUAAUAGUUGAAUUAUCUAAUUCAUUAAAUUUAUAACACUAGCAUAGAGAAGCAAAUUAGAAAGGAGGGUAGGUGCUGAAUACUAGUAGAUUUUAUUUUUUUUAGAUUACUUGGGUUUUCAUUUGUGUGGCUUUAGUGGAAUUUAGUUUCUCUUAUUUUUUUACCAAAUUUGGUACAAAUACGAAACAAUUCACAGCAUUACUCUUGGAAAUUAAUUCUGGGUGGGUCAAUACCAGGGUUAUGUGAAGCAUGUAGAGCAGUACUUCACUUAAAACCUGGCAGCACAUCCUCUUGAAGGCUCAGCACAGUUGUUUUAAUGGCUUUUCCAUGCUAUCUGAGCAUGUGUGUGCGUGCAUGCAUGCAGUGAAUACUUCUACUGGGAUUGGUGCUAAAGUUUUAUUACCAACAAAUUGUAAUGAAAGCAGUAAGAUAGCUUUGAGGAAAUUGGAUAACACACAAUUGUUUCAGUGAUUUGAAAGAAUAAUUAUGAGCCAAAAAUAUUUCCACAUAGUGGAUGCUUUUCUUAUACUUUGGGUAAUAUGUUCUAAAUAUUUAGACAUAAAACUAUAGAACUAUUACUACCAACGGAAAAUAUAAAAUCUUUUGCAUUGAGCAGUUUUUAGAAGUUUUAAUUUCUUGUGCUAAGUGUUGGAUUGCUAUUUACUAUAAUAACAAAAAACCCCUCAAUAUAAACAAUUUCUAUUUUUUUAUCAUCAAAAUUACCAGAAAGAUUUAAGAAUACAUUUGAGCUUUAAGAGAAAUAUAUUUAAAUGUGCCACACAAUUGAUCAAAACCUUGUGCUAGUCUGUGACUGUAAUAAAAUACUCUCUCAAAAUUUUGACUACAAUUUUUUUUCUUUUUUUUAGUUGUCUAUUGCUGAGUUUCCAUAACAGUACAAAGUACAGUGGAGACAUUUGUUAUAUUUGGCUUGAAAAUAACUAGAAUUUCCAUUGUGCUGUCUUAUAAUAGGGCAAAUGUUGUUUGAGAUUGGGUAAGUGCAUCAUGAAAUUAAAUUCAUAACUUUCUUAAAAUCAAGUAACACGUUUUUGUAAGCUAUCAUUUUGUUAGAGAAAAAUCAGUCUAUUUUGUUUUCUGCAGAAGGCUUCUGAAGUCUCAAGUUCAAUUAAGAAUCAAGUCAAAUAGAGGCAAAGGUUAAAUAUAAAGCCUUUCCAAUGAUUUAUUCUAAAUUGCAGAGCAAAUUUCAUGAUAGGUAGGAGGAGAGGAAGAAUAUGUUAUUAGAAUUGGUUGCAACCUACUGUUAUCUCCUGCAUGUAUCUGUAUUCAUUGUACUGUGUAGGCCCAGAGUCAACCUUGUUUUCCAUCAGUCAGCAUAAAUGUUGAUGCAUAUUUUGUGAAUAGCCACCCAGCAUUCAAAAUAGUGUGGACUCCCUGAUCUAAAUGGCAGACAGUGUUUCAGUUGGAAUGUACGCCACCUCUCAGCUAUAGGCUUUAGAAUGUAUGUUUGGGAGAUUCCCUCAGCUUCUGCCCUCUAAACACAGAAAAGGUAUUGUUCAUUCAGAAGACAAAGGGAAAUCUUUGGGGAGACAGAGCAAAGAAUUUUGGCACCCGAGACAGAAAAAUAAGUGGAGUGUACCAUCUUCCCAACAACUCUGAUACAUGGCAGGAAUUACCACAAACUGAAGGAGUACCAAGAUCACAAAGCAGAGGACUUUGCUUUUGGAUUCAGCUUAUCUCUCUAAGGAAUAGAUAACUAUUCCUGUUAGACAUUGCAUUGCUUUGAUUUCUUUUACUUAUGUUAGAAACUAUAAUCCUGCUUCUAUAAAUGUAGAGCAUUUAGUGUAAUUUUGGCUAGAAAUUACCUGUUUCUCAGAUGACAUCUUUCUUUUGAGAUAACUUCUUAUAGCAGGCCAGCACCAUCUUGUGGUCUGCUGAGAGCCUUACGUGUUUUCUUAAAAAUAGAACUUCCUGUAUCUUUUUUGAGUUAUAUUUUUCA